ACUGCUUCCCCGGGUCGGAGCCCCCCCGGAGCCGAGCCCGGGCUUGCAGCACGAAGCCGAGCGGAGAGGUCCUCGCCCGCGCCGUCCUGCCCACGCCCGGCCUCUCUGCGCUCCAGCCGUCCCGCCGCCCACUUUCCAGGCCCCGGAGCCGCGCCGAGCGAGCGAGCAGCGGGCCCGGGACCAGCUCCGGCCGCGGCCGCCUCGCGCCUCCCCCGCUCCGCUCCUCCCGCCCCCGGGGUCGCGCGCCCACGAUGCCGCAGGGCCCCGGCUCGCUGCUGCUGCUGGUCCUCGCCUCGCACUGCUGCUUGGGCUCGGCGCGCGGGCUGUUCUUCGGCCAGCCCGACUUCUCCUACAAGCGCAGCAACUGCAAGCCCAUCCCGGCCAACCUGCAGCUGUGCCACGGCAUCGAGUACCAGAACAUGCGGCUGCCCAACCUGCUGGGCCACGAGACCAUGAAGGAGGUGCUGGAGCAGGCGGGCGCCUGGAUCCCCCUGGUCAUGAAGCAGUGCCACCCGGACACCAAGAAGUUCCUGUGCUCGCUCUUUGCCCCCGUGUGCCUCGACGACCUGGACGAAAUCAUCCAGCCCUGCCACUCGCUCUGUGUACAGGUGAAGGACCGCUGCGCUCCCGUCAUGUCCGCCUUCGGCUUCCCCUGGCCCGACAUGCUCGAGUGUGAUCGUUUCCCCCAGGACAACGACCUCUGCAUCCCCCUCGCCAGCAGCGACCAUCUCCUGCCGGCCACCGAAGAAGCUCCAAAGGUCUGUGAAGCCUGCAAAAAUAAAAACGAGGAUGACAACGACAUCAUGGAAACUCUUUGUAAAAAUGAUUUUGCACUGAAAAUAAAAGUGAAGGAGAUAACCUACAUCAACAGAGAUACGAAAAUCAUCCUGGAGACCAAGAGCAAGACCAUUUACAAGCUGAACGGGGUGUCCGAAAGGGACCUGAAGAAGUCGGUGCUGUGGCUCAAAGACAGCUUGCAGUGCACCUGCGAGGAGAUGAAUGACAUCAAUGCGCCCUACCUGGUCAUGGGACAGAAACUGGGCGGGGAGCUGGUGAUCACCUCCGUGAAGCGGUGGCAGAAGGGGCAGAGAGAGUUCAAGCGCAUCUCCCGCAGCAUCCGCAAGCUGCAGUGCUAGUUUGGGCGUCCCGGUUGCUUCCGACAGGCCAGCCCCAGGGCUCGGCUGACCACAUCCACCCGGAGGCCUCAGCUCUCCUGUCCCAAGCACAGUCCCUGCAGCUCCGGCCCCAGCCUGGAGCAGCAUCCCUGCCUUUUGCACAUUUGCACCCCCAGCAUUUCCUGAGUUAUAAGGCCCUUAGAGGCCUCAGGAAUGGAUACCUAUUUUCACGUAAAGGAAAACCCACCCGAGUAUUGUAGAAAUAUUCAAAGUAAUAAAACCUUGCAUAUUUUUAUGAAGUUUUAAGAUAGCUCACUUUAAAGCUAGUUUUAAGUAGAUACAACUGUGACUUGGGUCUGAUUCUCAUGUUUUCCCUGUUUGGUUCGGGUCACCUGAUUUUCACGUUCUGCUGAGGUUGCCAUAACAUACAAAUAGCUUCGUUUUGGUAUGUGGCCCCAAGUGUUGUGGGUCAGAAACCAGGUUGGGAUAAAGCUGGCUGUUAUCUCAACAUCUCUCAGCUCCGGCCUGAGGCCUGAGACUCAGCGCCUAACCAUUCACUUGACAUUUUACACCCUCGUGAACUCAACUGCAGCACACACUGCAUUUCCAGGUGGAGUGCUUCCAUUUAUAAAAAGCACAUUAUCCAUCAUAGCACGAUUUCUUCGAAUAAAGGGCACAACAGACACAUUUUGUAAUUGGCCUGAGUACUUUAAGCUUUGUUUAAAACAUUUUUUUCUUAUUGUUGCAAAUGAAACCAUUGUAGCUUACCUGUAAUAUACAUAGUAGUUGACCUGAAAAAGUUGUAAAAAUAUUGCUUUAACCAACAUUGUAAAUAUUUCAGAUAAACAUUAUAUUCUUGUAUAUAAACUUUACACCCUGUUCUA